AUGAGGAACUUUGUUACAAGCACCACGGUUGUUUCUCUCAGGUACAAGGACGGUGUUCUUAUGGGUGCAGACACAAAAGGAUCGUACGGUCGGCUUGCAAAGUACACAGGACUGCAAAGAAUAUUCAAGAUCGGAGACCAAACGCUUAUAGGUGUUUCUGGAGAGAUAAGCGACAUGCAAUACUUGAAGAAGACACUGGAAACGCUUACCGAAGAGGAUCCGAGAAAAAUCGACUCGCAUGGAUACUACAAGAUGAUCCAAAGGCUGAUGUACUCUGCUAGAAGCAGGAUGGCCCCAUUGAACUUGAAUGUUUGUGUCGGGGGUGUUGACUCAGUAUGCACUGAAGAUGGGCGGGCCGAUCAAAAAACACUUGGGUGUGUGGAUCAUCUUGGAAACUUCUAUUUUUCAAAUGUGAUAUGUACAGGAAUAGGAGCACAUCUUGUUCUUCCACUUCUGAGGAGCAAGGUGGAUGGAAGGGAGAAUGAGAUAACAAGAGAAGAGGGCAUAGGCCUGAUUGAGGAAGCAAUGAAGAUUCUUUUUUACAGGGACUGCAGUGCAUCCAAUGAGAUACAGAUAGGAUAUGCAGAUGCACAAAGAGUUCAUAUUUCGGAAGCUUAUCGAAUACCAACGAAUUGGGACAUUGCUUUCAGAGAGGACGAGAUUGUGUUUGAAUAA